UUUAUGAAGUCCACUACGUUGCUCACUUGCUUAGUCUGCUGAUACCAAGGAUUCGUUUGAUUAACUACUACAUGGAGUUGUCGCUGUCGAAUAGCAAGAUAACGAAGUCGCUAAAUAUCGAAGAGUUUGGAUACUCGAAGUCUGAUAGCAACAAGGCACUAUGUAAAAUGGAAAAGGUGAUGAAUUUGUACCACAAUAUGAUAAAAGCCUAUAAUUACUUGAUAGAGGCGGUUAAAUGGCAGUUGCUGGUGACUAUCGUUUCUGCUUUCCUUAAUAUAUUGUCCUGCUGCUACAGAGUGUCUUUGACUGUUAUUAAGGAAGAUGUCCCUUUAUCGUUCAUUAUUACAUAUGUGGGGCUAUUAGCUGGCAUUAUGUUACCGUUGUUUGCGCCUUGCAUGUUGGGAGACCAGGUCCAUAACGAAGUUCGCAGGCUUAGGGAGUUGCUUGCUUCACGACUUUAUGAGAAUCAACUGGAUAAGUCAAGUCGCGGAAUGGCACGUGCUUUACUGGCUUGGACAGAGACAAGAGAUCUCUCCUUCUCACUCCUGCGCAUGUUGGACAUCGACAUAUCACUGCCUUUCAAGUUCGUGGGACUUCUCGUCACAUAUUUAAUUAUAUUGUUACAGUUUCAGAAGGUUAUUAAUCCUUAA